AUGGCGCACAGGAAUAAUGGCGCGAUAGCGUCCCUUAUAUUCUACUUGUGGCUUCUAUUUUCGUUACAAAUAUCCGCCGUACGUCCAGCUAUACAUUCACGUGCGUCAUCGGUAACGAGCAGCAAUAGCAAUGCCAUAGAUGAGAGCAAUGUGGAGAUUGAAGAUACCGAUUCUGUCGCCACUAACGAGGCCAAGAUUAAAAAACAUCAACAGCAACAUCGCCACCAGAAACCCGCUGAGUUUGUCCGAAGAGACUUUUCGGAAAAAAUGUCAUGGAAAUGUGCUAAUAAUGCCAGCUGCCUUCAUACGCUAGCAAACGAUAUGCUGCAGGCGUACAAGCGUGGCGAAACCAUUAGCUUGGGAUUCAUGGAUUUGGCAAAGCUGCCACCGCUGAUGGAGAAGGACAGAGACAAGUUGAAUGCGGCCGAGACCGGCCGCGGCAUUUCCAGUUUCGUUGACUUCAUCAGUGGAAAUGCAAUCCGUAUUCCGGUGGGGCCGAUGGUGUUCAGCGUACAACGGGCAGAGGAUGAUGGAAAUUACAUCGAAAUUGCGUUGCUGAAGAAGGCGAGCGGCAAUCAAGGGUCAUUCGUUUUUGCGUUGGAUGAAUUAAUGGAAAGUUACCCGGUAUUAUUAUCAAUGAUGUAUCAAUUCCCCGAGCAUACGCCCUACAUGAUGCCAUACAGCAUGGAUUAUGGCAUCCAUCCCGAAAUGGCAUCUGGAGGCGAAAUGUAUCCGGCUGCGCUGCAACUGGCCGCGGCGCCUAUGCAACACCACGGCGAAAGUCUCGCCGCGGAGAGUAAUUUGCAUCAUAACAUCGCCGAUAUACAAAAUAACACACAGGUAUUAGCCGCGCUCAAUGCCGUACAUUUGGGACCGAAAGUGAAACGGGAGGACUCUUGGUUGGGAAAGGUUGGCGGCAGAAAGCCAUUACGCUACGUUAAUAGUCCAUUUAAGCGAAAAUUUCACAGGAAUCCAUAUUUUGAAUAUUUUAUGCUGGACAAAAGUUGGCGUCGUCGUAGUGAAGAGGAGGUGGCCAUUAAGGUCGCUUUGGCUGCAGCAGCGGCGGCAACUGAGGAGGAGGAGCAAGAGGAAGCAGAAUUGGGUGAUGAUGAUAUAUUCAAUCACGAGGAGAGUAUAAAGGAUACAUUCGAGUUUUUGGGCAUGCAAUUGCGGCGGAAAAAACGACAGCGGCAUCUAUAG